AUGGUUUCAGCGGUGGUCAAGACCGUGUUUUAUCGUGGUCUGCUGCCAUUUUCAUUGUUUGCAGGUACGUUUUUAAGUAUUAUUUUUUGCAGUUUAGGUAUUAUGGAUCAGUGUUAUCUUCACUGUAAGAUUAAGACCAAUUUGGGCUUGAAAACAACUUCGUUCAUUACCUUGGUUUAGGUAUCUUUUGGUGAAAGAAUGGUCAUAACUUUUUACCAAAGAUAGCUAGGGAUAAGAAAUUGUUUGUCAGUAUGAAAAUGCGAAUUCUGGAACUAAUGAUAUUAAUUUUUUUAGCUGCAAUCAUCAGGCCAUGUUAUUUAUCUUUGGUUUACGGAUUUCUGGGGCUUUUGGGGCCGCUUUUGCCGCCGAUUCGCAAUAACUCUUCACUUUCUGGUAUGUUUUCAUUCUUUAUGUUUUUGUUUUUAGGUAACACAUCGAAUAAUUAUAGUUUUAUCAAAUAAAGGUUUGUUUUGAUAUAAAGUUAGCAACUUUAGGACGGUAAUUUGAUUUUACCUUAUUUUAGGAGCUACAUCAAGUUAUUUGUUUAUUACCUUGUUGUUAUCGACGAUUUUUGGUGUUGGGCAGAUUGUUUUUCAAAUAACUCAACAUUUGGCUAUCACAAGUGAAGAUCUUUACAUUGACAAGUGUAAAAAUGAUGAUGUGCUUCGGAUAUUGUUUAAUUUUGGCUUUGUUUGGUAAGAUUUUGUUGUUUUUUAAUCUUUAGGUAACAAAUUAACAAAUUAAAGGUCUGCUAGCGAAGGAAGAGAAGUAGAAGACAUUGGUUUAUAUUAUUUUAUGUUGAUUUAGUCAAUAACAUUCUUAUAUCUGUAAAAUUAUGUUGAUAUAGACAUUAAUUAUCUAAAUGUAGGGUUGAUCAAAAUCACUGGCCUGAUGCGAUGAGAUUAGUUGGGCCGGAGAUUGCAGUAUUGUUAACAUCAUUUAUUACUUCAUGUAUUUGCAUAUUUGGAGGUACUACAGUGUCGACAACUUCAUCAACGGAAAAUAUUAUGGAACUACCAGGUACUAGUGCUAGCUCAAGGUAAUUUUUAUUUAUUUUAUUUAAAAAUACAAAUUUUAGCGAGUCUCACCCAGCUCCAAAGAAGUUCCCAACCCAUAGCUUCCUUCCAGCUAUCAAAAAGAUGAGUGAUGUUUCAAUAACAUUAUUUUUGGCUGCUCUUGGCAUGGUUAAUGUAAGUUUUUGAAGUGAAAACUUGUUGGCGAACGUAUUUUACAUAAAAAUUAUUUUAAACGGCAGAAACUUUCUUUACAAAAUAAAGAAUGGCAAAAAUUUUUUUUUAAAUUUGUGAAAAAGCUUUUUAAACUCAAAAAAAUAAUUUUUUAUUAUUUCAGCCAUCUCUGAUGAACUUCAUCUACUUUGCCAUAGCUCUGUUACUCGUCACCUGGUGGGCGCUCUACACUCCCCUCAAACGCCGUACCCUCAACAGAAUCAAACUCUACUUGAUCGUCUAUACCGCCUUCCACUUUCUUGUGUAUCUAGCGUAUCAAACCAAGGCUACACAAGAUUUCUCACCUCCAGAAGCGUGGCCGGCCAAGUUAAGCGGCCUGAACUCGAUUGUGUCACCAAAAUGUGACAAGUUCUGGGACAUUGGAUGGUCGGAAACACAGGAAUGGACAUACUAUGUCAAUUUCUUUGGCUUACUCGUGUUUUAUCAUGUCUUAAUCAUGCAGUAUCGAUGGACAAAGAAUGGUAUUAGAGGAUUCAUUAGCCAAGAGGACGCGGAAUCUAGUGUGCAUGAGGAGGUGGGUUACUGUAAUUGUUUAUUUUUAAGAAAUUUUUGAAAAAGUUGGUUUUUGACGAAAAAAUGCAAAAACUUUGUUUACAGAACAAAAAUUGGCAAAAACUUUGUUUACAAAACAAUAAAUGGCAAGAACUUUUUUUACAAAGUUUAAAAUGGCAAUAAGUUUCUUUACAAAACGCAAAAUAGCAAAAACUUUCUUUACAAAACAAAUAAUUGCAAAAACUUUUUUUUACAAAACGAAAAAUGGCAAGAACUUUCUUUACAAAACAAAAAAAUGGCAAGAACUUUCUUUACAAAACAAAAAAUGGCAAGAACUUUCUUUACAAAACGCAAAAUGGCAAGAACUUUCUUUACAACAAAAAAACGUCAAAAUCAACGAAAAAAUAUAAAAAAUUGUGAAUUCUUGAAAAAUUGUGCCGUAGGAGAGUAAUUUGGUGAUGGAAAUGACCAACAUGGUACCAGACCGAGGCAACUCUUCAACUGAAAGUAUAAGUCUGUCUGAAGACGGGCGUUGUUAUAUUGCAAUCGGAAUUGAGCCGGAUGAACAACAAAAAAGAAAACGGCUCACUUCUAGCAAGAAAUCCGUGGUAAUUUUAGAGGAAAUGACUUUUUUUUGGUACUGGCAAGCUAUAAUAACAAUUUUUCGAUACCUGGAAUCUGUAAUAAUAAGCUAUGAUAACAUAUUUUUGGUCACUCAAAGCUAACUUUUCUGAAUAACAUGGAGCUUUCAAUAUGAAAAACUGUUUUGGGUAAAAAUGUUUGAGAAUUUGAUAAAGACUAGCUUUUGGUUAACAAUAUUUUUUGUAAUUAUACUUUUAAACUUUAAGAUAACAUGAUCUAUGGAACUUUUAAUACGGAUUUCUUGCAUUUUUCUUUGGCUUUAGGCAUUUUCUUUGAUUUUUUUUUAAAUUUUGAGGCGUCAUCAAUUGAUUAAGGAUUUUAGCUUUACUCAGGGACGUAGCUAGCUUUUGUACCAAAUUGGACAAAAAAGCUUAGGUGCAUAGUAAGCUGCUGUCUGUGGACCAGAUAAUUUUCUUUGUUUUUACCCUCUUAUCUCCUGUAGCGAAGGCUCUGGCUUUACCCUAACCCUAUGGAAGUACGACGCUUUCGCUGAAUAAAAAUUUAAGCUAAUCUAGCAAAAGUUCAUCGACAGGAUGGGGCCUAGCUUGAAACGUGAUCGAACAUACAAUGUUUCGUAGCUAAGUUUCAGGCUAGUCUAGCAAAGUCUUAUUGACAGUCUGAGGUUUAGCUUGAAAAUUGAGUUAUGUACGUAUAACUUUUUAAAGCCAGCGUUUAGGCCAUUUUAGCAAAAAUUUACCGACAGGCUAAAGCCUAGCUCGAAAAUUGAUUGAACUUACUUAUAACAUUUCAAACCUAGCGACAUAGCUUUGAUCAGGCUCAGUAACUUGUACAUUUUAAAGAGUUUGCCUUCGCUUUGGAUUGAAAUUCUAAAUUUUCAUGCUAAAACUAUGCUUGGUAUAAUAUUAUUUUCAUUGUAAGAAAGUGAUAUUAAAUUUAAAAAUUUAUAUAUUUGUUUUAGUUGUUACCCAAUGAUACCGAGGCGAAUCCAGAUGGCAAUUUCCCGUUACAAAGAAUCACUUCAGAAGUUGUUGAUCGACAGAAAAUUUCAUUUAUCUUUAAAGGUAAGGUACCUUCUAUAUGAUAAUGUAAUAUAUGUUAUCCUAUCUCUACUUCUACCCAUACGUUUACCUCUACCAACAGCUUUAUCCUACCCUUACUCUUAUCUUAAUUAUGCGUUUACUCUUAUUUCUACUCUUACAUUUACUCCUACCCCUAACCUACUCUACUCUAACCUACUCUACCAUAUACUACUUUACUUUACCUUACUUUAUCUUUUUACUACUCUACUAUAACUUACAGUACCUAAUGAAAACCCUUUUUUUAGGUAAAGGAAAAGUCCCCUCGAUUUGGCGUCGAAGUAUGCAACAAAUCUGCUACUUUAUCCUCUAUCACUGCUACGCCUUCGCCCUACUAGCCAUGAUGACAUUCGCCCUACUGUAUCACUCAGUAUUUGGCCUAGUAUUCCUACUACUACCGUGCAUGUUGUGGGCUCUACCAAACUCACGUCAAUGGUCGUUCAGAUUGAGUCCAGUCAUUGUGGCAUACGCUGAAUUCUUGUUGAUAGCUCAAUACAUCUACAGUAUGCCAUUGGAGGAUUUGUUGCCGCAGGAUAACUACAUGAAGAUCAUUGGAUUUCAAUUGGCUGCGAAUCGAACUAUGGCUUUUGUUACACUUGCUACAAAGGUAGGGUUGGACUGGCAUUGACAAAAAAUUUUUUUUUGAAAAAGUUUAAAUUAUUUGGAAGAAAUUUUAAAAUGUAAAAUUUUUGGUCUUCUAUGAACUUUUUGACCAAAUUUUGAAAAACGUUUUUGAAUUUUUGGAAAAUUGUUGAAAUUUUUGAUCAAACUUUGUAGGGGAUGUUUUUUGUAUAAAGAAGGUUCGGAAGCAGCAAUGUUUAUGAGCCAUCUAUACAAACAGUAGAAGAGCAGUUUAAUUACGCAAUUUGUUUAGUUGACAAUACUUUUGUAUUUAAUUUGGAAGUUUUUUUGAAUUUUUUAAAAAUUUUAGGUAACGAUUUUUACAAUCUUUGAAGUUUUAUAUUGGACUAAGCUUAAGAAAAUGAAUAGUUUGAUAAGUUGCUUGAUUGUCAAUUUGAAUUUUUAACUUUUCUAUGUUUUUACUAUUGGCUGAACUUCUGAAAAAUAAAAAAAAGUAAUAACUUGGCCAAAAAACCACACGAAAAGUGUGAGGGAUAAUCAAAAAAUGUUUGGUCGGUUUUUUUUCCUCUAAUUCGAAUCGCUUUAAAAACAUGUCACUUUAAAUUAAUAUAUAAACAAAAAAGUGUCAGAUGAUAUCAUCAGCCGCUCUACCACCCGCAAUCUGUUCUUUGCUGGGUUGGAGAGGCUUUUUUUCCUAAAAAUGGGUAACUUUGGGGGUUUUUGUGGGUAAGGGUAUUUGCCUGGGCUCUGGCAUAGUUCUAGACUUGCUGUGACUUUGGGUCUUGCAUUGUGUGAGCUUAACUUUGACUUAGCUCGGCUUUGGCUCUACUCUAUCUUCCCCUUGUUUUGCCCUAUUUUUGUCCUUGCUUUAGUCGUAGCUUAGGACCUAGCUUAGUUUUAGUCUUGCUCUGAGCUGCUCUUACCUAGCAUUUUUCUAGUCUAGCUUUGCUUUAGGUCUGUCUUAGCUUUAGCUCUGCUGUAGCUUUACUAGCUCUUCAUAUUCUAACUCAAACUUGGUCUUAGGCCUAGUCUUACCGAAAAUCCGGUCUAGUUUUGCUCAUUUGCUCUAGCUUUGUUCUAGAUCUAGCCUAGCUUCGUCUUUGCCUUGCUUCCAAUCUUGCUUUCCCUAGCCUUUUUUUUCUAAGAUCUAAGUUUGCUCUAGCUCUACCUUAGCUUUGAUCUAGUUUUUCUUAAGCAAUCUACUCUAGUUUUGUCUUUGUUUUGCCUUGUCUAACACUAGCUCUGCUACUAUCUUACUUCUUAUGACCUAAACCUUUUCGUCUUUAACUUAAAACAACUUUUUAUUGACCCGCAGCUCUCUUUCGUUAAAUACAUUGUGAUUCUUUUGGUUUCUCGUGGUUUCUCAAGCUCUCGAAGACUUUUUGCGCUGAUUUUUUGGCGGUUUCUCAACUCCCGAAAUUAGAACACCGAGAAAAGAAACGGACAGCUCAACGGCAUGAAAAUUAAAGAAACUAUCUUUUUUUCGUUUUAGAAGGUUUAGAAAGUCAAAAUGUCGUUAGUGAUAAGUGAUAAUGGGGAAAAUUAGUCUUUUCGGCUUGUUUUUAAAAUUUUUAGUUGAAAAUUUAAAUUUUUGUUUAUGUAAAAUACGAUCAUUAUAUAUCAGAGUUAUUUAAAAGACAUUGUUGAUGAUUUCUUCCUUAAAAACUGACUUUAAGGCAUUUUUUCAUUUGAAGAAAGCUUUACUAGUAUCUUCUUCUAAUGGUAUUAGUUCGUAUUCCUUAAUUGAUUAUGAAGUUAGCUGUUGUUUUUUGUUUUUUUUUGUUGAGAUUUCCUUUUGGAUCUCCGUUUUGCGCUGCUCUUUAGCUGUGUUUAAUUGAAAUGAAUGUUUAUAAACGAACGAACGAAUGUGUUCACGGAUAUGGAAUUGGGUUUGGAGGGGAAUAUUUACAAAUAUUAGCGUUAUCAUUGUAAUAAAUUUUUAAUUUUUUUUGAGACAUGAGGAUGAUGGUGAGGGCUUGAUUAAGACUGUCAAAGAAAUCUGUUGUAGCCGUUUCCAAUUGGUAAUGAUAUACAUAUUAGAUGAGGAAAAGAAUGAUGUUAACAUCGUAACUGUUUUCUAGGAUUAUAUUUGAGGUUUGGGGGGGGUAGAUCAAGGGGUAGAGUGGGUAGGAUAAGGAGUAGAGAUGGGCAGGGUAAGGUAGGGUGGGUAUGAUAAGGGGCAGGUGGGCAGGGUAAGAUAGGGUUGAUAGUAUAAGGGGCUGGGUAGGUAUGAUAAGGUAGGGUGAUUUGGGUGAGGAUGGAGCAGGGUAGGCUGAGUAAAGGUAGGCUAGUUGAGGAUUUUAAUGCUCUAGGGCAUCUUUAUGUUUUUUGUUCUCACUGAUUAUAGUUCUGUCCUUUCCUUGCCUUAACUAUGCCCUAGAUCUAUUAAAUUUUAGCUUUACCGUAGCCUAGACAAGAGAAACGGGCAGGGCCGAACCCAUUUUUCAGACCCGGCUUGAUCGAAAUUUUGCUCAAGGCUGGCUCGGCCCUUUUUCUCAUGUCUAUCGUAGCCUCUACCCUUGCCGUGGUCUUGCUCUAGUUUAAAUUCACUCUAGCCUCUAUCCUUGCUCUGCUCAAGCCUUAGUUGAUCUUUAUUCUUCGUCUCUAUCCUUGCCCUACUUUAGCCCUGCCCUCUUUUUAAGUCCUACCUUACUCUACUCUGCUCUACCUUAAUUUUACUUUUUCUUAAACUACCUAUCCAUACUGCUUCCUUUCUUUUCUAAAUUUGACUGUUUUAAUAGAAAAAUACCUAAAAGAGCAUAAAAAUCAAGUACUUUCGACUUACCCACUCGUUUCAUUAAAGUCAUUGUAAAAAGAAGGUUGAAAUUGAUUGAGAAAAAGCCGUGAGCUGGAACGUGAAAUUUGCUUCGAAGAUGAUAGAGUUAAUCAUACGAUAAUUCAUUUAAUAUUCGAUGUGGAACGCUUGCUUUAUAUGAGGAGGUGAACGUGUUGAAAAUCGAAAUUGAUUUGCAAAUCAACGCAUAAUUUGAUUUGGGAUUAAUAUUCCAUCUUAUCUUACUUUACCCUAGCCUUCUUUACCUUUCCCUGCCGUUUAUGCAAUAUUAUAUUCUACUCUACUCUGCCUUACCUUACCUUACCCUACGUUAAUUUGUCUUAUAUUACUCUACCCUACUCUACCUUAUACUACCUUACUCUACUUCGACCUACUCUACCUUAUCUUACCCUACUCUAGUUUACUCUAUCCUACUUUACCUUACUCUACACUACUUUUUUGACGUUUUUACUGUGAAGUAAUAUGUAAAAUUAAAAAAAAGCUUUAAAAUUACAAUUUUAAAAAAGAUUUUUGAAUUUUUCAGUUCCUCCUCCUACUCCCACUCUUCAUUCUACUACGUCUACAUCUACGUGAACAUUUCUACGACUCAUUGUCGGACCACGAACGGCUACGUCAACUGAACUACGGCACGUUCGAAGUACGAAGAAAAGAUACGGUACAGGAGGUGACAAGCGAAGCGGAUCGAAGUUUCAUCAGGGGAGACGUAAGGUUUAUUGAUAGGAAUCUAGUAAGUGAAUUUUUUUUUAUUUAAAAUUUUUAGGUAACAAUUUUGACUAUUUUAAAAAAAAAAUUAUUUUUAGGUAACGUUUUUGAAAUUUUUUUAGGAAAUUAAAAUUUUAAAUUUUCUUGAAGUAAUUCGGUUUUUAGGUAAUAAUUUUCUAUUUAUAGAUAUCAGCCUUUGAGAAUAUCAGCAAAUACCUUGCCAGCAUCUGGAUAUUUGUAGUAGCACUAACAUUAUUGUACAAUUGCCUAACAGAACCUCCAGUGUUAUAUGCACUUGGCUACUUUGUGCUCUGGAGUGGACUGGUCUGUAAUUUGGUGGUAAGUCAGAAGUCUUUGGUUUUUUGGAUUUUAGGUAAUAAAAAUAGUUUUUUUUUUGAUUUUUUAGCUUUUUUUGAAAGUUUUAGGUAACAAAAAGUGAAAUUUUUUGAUUUUUUUAAAUUUUUUGAAAAUUUAGGUAAUAAAAUUUGCUUUUUUUCUAUUUUUAAGCUUUUUUUUUAAAUUUAAAAAAUUUUAGGUAACAAACUAAAAAAUUCAGAAAAAAUGUUUUUUUGCUUAAAAAUGUCACAUUUUUCAGAUAUCGUUUGCAUUUUUCCGGAAAUCAAUCUACCUUAUCCUCACAACCCUCAUUGUAUACUCGUCGAUUGUUAUCAUCUCAUUGUACAUUUAUCAGUUCCCAGAAGUACCAAAAUACUGGAAAGAAUACACUGGCUUGUCGGACGAAUGGAAUCGAGACAUUGGAUUGGUCGAUUUUAAAUCAGACAAGGUUCAAGCGUAGGUUUUAAAGAUUUUUUUGGAAAUUUUAGGUUUAGUGAUAAGGUUAGACUCGAAACGGGACUUACUAGGCAUGGCGUUGGUUCCGGAUUGGGCGAUGCUGAUGCAAUUUUGAAAGGAACAGGGCCGUUUGCUUGAGGACUGGGUAUAAAAUAUGAUCUUAGGGGUUCAAUUUAAGCGGGAAAAAAAGUCUUGUCGUCAAUUUAUAUGGCUUUGCACUGCCAAAAACGACAAAACUUUUUUCAUUUUUAACUCUUGUUCAAAAAGUAUUGGCAAAGAUUAGAAAUGGUUUAAGUUUGAGUAAAUUGAAGUUUCUACGAACUUUUAGACCAGAGAAAUGCAAUUUUAUAAAGAAAAUAAAUUUAAAAAAAAUUUUGAAAUGUAAAAAAUUUUAAAAACAUCAUCUUCAGAUCUCUAUUCACCCGGUUCUUUAAGCCAUUGUCGCUGUUAGUGGUAACAAUGGUGCAACUCAAGUUUUUCCAAAGUUCAUGGACAAGAUUGGUCUCAACUCCGGAGGCCCGAAGCCGCAGCCCGUCGAUUGACUCAUUCGGCCGCAGGGGAUGUAAGUUGAGACUUUUUAUUUGAUAGGGGUUCGGAUAGUAAUAAAAGGGGUUUAAUUGUAAUUAUUCUGCUGAAAAUGUAAAAAUUUAAAUUUUUUGGGCCAAAAAAAAUGAUUUUUUUUAGUUUAUCGAUUUAAAAUGGUUUGAAUUUGAAAAAAUGUGUAAAAUACGGGUUGAAGUUUGUAUUCAAACAAUAAUAAAUAAUAUCUAUACUGAAAUAAUGAUCCAUAAUAUGUAAAAUACGAAACAUUUUGUGAAUUUUAUAUAUGGAAACAAAAAAUACCAAAAGUUACAAUAAAAUUACAAAAACGUACGAUAAAAUUCCGAAAUAAGCCGACGAAUCGUAAAAUACAAAUCCAAACAAAGGCAAAUCAAGCACACAAUCAGUCCGUAAAUAACAAAACCAGACCGUCUAAUAUAUAUCAGUGAUAAGCGUGUGAAUCGGAUGGGAAAGUUUUUCGUAAGAAGGCGGUGGUUGGUUGUGGAGAUCUUGAUCGUACUGAAGGUGAUGGGGAUCUUGGGGAUGGAUAUGAGCAGGGAUGGCGCUAA